AUGCAUUCGAAUCAUCAUCAACAGCAACAACAACACACCACCCAGACAUUGCCUCAAGGCUGUAAUCGUAAAAGUAAUGGUUAUGCGAUCAAUGGCACUAUACAAACUACCGAAAUUCUUUCACAGACUAAUGCAACAACAAAUGCUAACACAACCUCGGCAACAACUGCAGCAACAGCAAAUGAUUUGAAUUUCUUGCCACAACUAAGGCUGACACCACAAACUCAAGGAACAGAACAGCCUGCAACAACAUUUGUAUUUACAUCGCCGACUUCCACAUUCAAACGUAAGAAGCAACAGCAAUUGUUAAAAGAAGAACAGGAAGUUGAACAACAAAGGCAAAAACAGCAACAACAACAACUGCAACAGGAGCAUUAUAACAAUAACUUGUAUAAAAUUGGCAAUAGCCACCAAGAAAGGCCAAUAGGCACCACUGAAAGUGCAACAACCUUAAGCGAAGAUUAUCACAGCAGGACUACAAUAGUAAAUACAAAUAAUAGAGGAAGUAAUUUAACUCCCAAACGGCAGUCUCUACUAUUACAACAACAACAACAACAACAACAACCACGAACCAACAGCAGCAGCAACACUAACCCUAUAACAAAUGAUACAAAGACGGUGAUAAACAAUAGUUUAGGUGUUUUACUAACAGACACCGUUACAUAUGCACCCUCAUCAUCGUCUGCAACAACAUUCUCUUAUAUCAACGGAAACGGAACUCUAAACAGAAACUCGAACGGUAACGGAUCUACACGUUUAACAUUUAAAACGCACACACUACCAGCCAUAACAAAAACAACAACCCCUUCUACCUUUAUUACGGAUGGUGUGGUGGAUUUGGUGGCAACAACCAACGUAACAAAAUCAAAAGGUCUUACCGGGCGGGAGAAUAAACACAACAAACUGUCCGCAUCGUUUAAACGUCGUCAGAAAAUGCAAGCCAGCAGUAGUGGUGGCAGUGGUACCACAACAGCAACGGCAAAAGGCAACAGUACUUCGAGUCUAAUGGAUGACAUUGAAAUGCAUUUGGGUUUAAUUGGAUGGCGCAAAAAGUGUCUUUACACUUUACUGGUGCUCUUAAUGCUAUUGAUAAUCAUAAACUUAGGACUAACACUAUGGAUAUUGAAGGUCAUGGAAUUCUCAACGGAAGGUAUGGGUCAACUGAAAAUUGUUCCUGGUGGUAUACAACUAACUGGACAAGCUUUAAUUAUGGACAUGUUAAGAGCAUCCACAAUACGCUCAAGGCAUGGGCAACCUAUAGCAAUAG